GCGGCACCGUCGCCAGCUGCGCGUUCCCGUUACCGGACCGCCCUGCUCCUGUCACUCCAGCGGCGGCUCUCAGCACCGUGUCGGGGUGGGCGUGUCCCUGUCUCCGAUGUGACGUCGCAUAUUCCCUGCUUACGGUGAUCUCUCACCCACGACAUCGUUCUGCGUAAUCCGUUUUAUGGAGCUGGAAGGUGGAUCCGGGGAGCCGGGUGCUGCAGUGAUGGAGGCAGUAGUUUCGGAUGAGGAAAUGCCGUCCACCUCACGGGAAGAAGAGGCAGAGGCACCUACUAGCGCUGAGGAGAUAAAUGAUCCCCCCUUCCAGCUGAAACUUCCACCUAAAGCUGCACGUCCUGAAAAGGAAGUGGAUCCAGAAUAUGAAGAAAAGAUGAAAACAGACUGUUCAAAAAGAUUUGAAUUUCUCCUGAAGCAGACAGAACUGUUUGCACAUUUCAUUCAGCCUGCUUCACAGAAGUCUCCAACUUCUCCCCUCAAAGUGAAAUUAGGACGCCCCAGGAUAAAGAAAGAUGAGAAACAGACUUUGUUGUCUGCUGGAGACAAUCGGCACCGACGUACGGAGCAAGAAGAAGAUGAAGAGUUGCUGUCUGAAAGCCGUAAAACCUCCAAUGUGUGUGUGCGAUUUGAAGAGUCACCUUCUUACGUAAAAGGAGGAACACUGAGAGAUUACCAAGUCAGAGGCCUCAACUGGAUGAUCUCUUUGUAUGAAAAUGGCAUUAACGGCAUAUUAGCAGAUGAAAUGGGUUUAGGAAAGACCCUGCAAACAAUUGCUUUGCUGGGCUACCUUAAGCACUACAGGAACAUUCCAGGUCCCCACAUGGUUUUGGUGCCCAAGUCUACUCUACACAACUGGAUGAAUGAAUUUAAACGCUGGGUUCCUUCUCUUCAUGCAGUUUGUCUUAUUGGUGACAAAAAUGCACGGGCAGCUUUUAUACGAGACGUAAUGAUGCCAGGAGAUUGGGAUGUCUGCGUUACCUCCUAUGAAAUGGUCAUAAGAGAAAAAUCUGUUUUCAAGAGGUUCAACUGGAGAUACCUGGUCAUUGAUGAGGCACACAGAAUAAAGAAUGAAAAGUCCAAGCUGUCUGAAAUCGUUCGUGAGUUUAAGACAACAAAUCGGCUAUUACUGACGGGAACUCCCCUGCAGAAUAACCUCCAUGAGUUGUGGGCAUUACUCAAUUUCCUUCUACCUGAUGUGUUUAAUUCAUCAGAGGAUUUUGACUCUUGGUUUGAUACCAACAAUUGUCUUGGGGAUCAGAAGCUUGUUGAAAGACUUCAUGCAGUCUUAAAGCCAUUCUUGUUGCGUCGCAUAAAAGCUGAAGUAGAAAAGAGCCUACCCCCCAAAAAAGAAGUAAAAAUUUAUCUUGGACUCAGUAAAAUGCAGAGGGAAUGGUACACAAAAAUUCUAAUGAAAGAUAUUGACAUUCUGAAUUCUGCUGGGAAAAUGGACAAGAUGCGCUUGUUAAAUAUACUGAUGCAGUUACGCAAGUGUUGUAACCACCCAUAUCUAUUCGAUGGUGCUGAGCCUGGUCCUCCAUAUACCACUGACACUCAUCUUGUCUACAAUAGUGGUAAGAUGGUGGCUUUGGAUAAAUUGCUUCCCAAACUGAAAGAACAAGGUUCCAGGGUUCUGAUAUUCAGUCAGAUGACCCGGCUGCUUGACAUCCUGGAAGAUUACUGCAUGUGGCGUGGCUAUGGAUAUUGCCGCCUAGAUGGACAGACACCACAUGAAGAAAGAGAGGAAGCUAUAGAAAGAUUUAAUGCUCCUAACAGCAGCAAGUUCAUCUUCAUGCUGAGUACCCGUGCCGGAGGCCUUGGAAUUAAUUUGGCAACUGCUGAUGUGGUGAUUUUGUAUGAUUCAGACUGGAACCCUCAAGUCGAUUUACAAGCAAUGGAUCGAGCACAUCGCAUAGGCCAAACAAAAACAGUACGGGUGUUCCGUCUCAUUACCGACAACACAGUUGAAGAACGGAUUGUGGAAAGAGCUGAGUUAAAACUGAGGCUGGACUCUAUAGUCAUACAGCAAGGGAGGCUAAUAGACCAGCAGUCAAACAAGCUCGCAAAGGAUGAGAUGCUGCAGAUGAUACGCCAUGGAGCCACCCAUGUGUUUGCAUCAAAGGAUAGUGAACUGACAGAUGAAGAUAUAACUACCAUUCUGGAAAGAGGGGAAAAGAAGACUGCUGAAAUGGCAGAGCGCUUGGAAAAGAUGGGCGAGAGCUCUCUUAGAAAUUUCUCUAUGGAGACAGAAACGAGUUUAUAUAAUUUUGAAGGAGAAGAUUAUCGAGAAAAGCAAAAGCUGAGCAUGUUAGAAUGGAUAGAGCCACCCAAACGAGAGCGCAAGGCCAAUUAUGCAGUGGAUGCAUAUUUCAGAGAUGCCUUGCGUGUUAGCGAACCUAGAGCGCCAAAGGCUCCCCGGCCACCAAAGCAGCCGAACAUUCAAGACUUUCAGUUUUUUCCACCAAGACUGUUUGAGCUGUUGGAGAAAGAAAUACUCUAUUACAGAAAAACCAUUGGAUAUAAGGUCCCUAGAAAUUCAGACCUCUCAAACGCGUCUCAGGUACAAAAAGAAGAACAAAGGAAGAUUGAUGAGUCCGAGCCACUUGGUGCUUCAGAGUCUGAAGAAAAGGAGACACUUUUAACCCAGGGAUUUACAAAUUGGAACAAACGAGACUUCAACCAGUUUAUCAAAGCUAAUGAGAAAUAUGGCCGUGAUGAUAUUGAUAACAUUGCGCGAGAGGUAGAAGGAAAGACACCGGAAGAGGUCAUUGAAUACUCAGCUGUGUUUUGGGAGCGGUGCAAUGAAUUACAGGAUAUUGAGAAAAUCAUGGCUCAAAUUGAAAGAGGUGAAGCAAGGAUUCAAAGAAGGAUCAGCAUUAAAAAAGCACUGGAUGCAAAAAUUGCAAGGUACAAGGCCCCUUUUCAUCAGCUGAGGAUACAGUAUGGGACUAACAAAGGAAAGAACUACACAGAAGAAGAAGACCGCUUUCUGAUUUGCAUGCUGCAUAAAAUGGGCUUUGACAAAGAAAAUGUAUAUGAAGAAUUGCGGCAGUGCGUUCGAAAUGCUCCACAAUUUAGGUUUGAUUGGUUCAUCAAGUCGAGGACUGCCAUGGAGCUACAGAGACGCUGCAAUACUCUUAUAUCACUGGUAGAGAAAGAAAACUUGGAGAUUGAAGAAAAAGAAAGGGCAGAGAAAAAGAAAAAGACAUCAAAGCAAUCGUCUUGUAAAAGAAAAGCUGAUCCAGUUACAGACAGUGGGAAGAAGGAUACAAAGAAAGUGAAGUCUUAAAGUCGUAUAAAGUCCUGUCUAUAGGUCACUAGUUACAAAACUGCCACGUCUAUUUUUCUGUCAUAUAAUGCCUCAUCCAAGCUAACUGACAAUGUUUGUGCAUUAUCAUUACUAUAGGACAAUUUAUUGUGUCAGAAUGUGUAUAUUUUUCAAUGUCUUUAUCUGAAAUACCUGUAAUAUUAUAUUUUAUGCUUCCCAGUAUUUACAGCUACUGUAUUUUGUGAAUUUCAUAUAUUUCAUAAUGUAACAGUCCCAGUUUUAAGCAAGUGCAGAGGGUUUUAGCUUUUGUAUGUUUUAUACUGUAUGUAGUGGCUUUGAAAUAAAAUGUUAUGGUUUA